CCAAGCGGGCAGGGCAUCCAGGAGAGCUUUCGGAACGCCUGCUUAUCUGAUGAUGGCUUGGUAUAGGACCUCUUCUGGAUAGGUCAAAUGCGUCGAGACCGUGCAUCUAGCUUGAGGCUUAUCACUGGAGGCUGGUGAGACGUUGAUUCGCAAUUCUACUUACUUUCUCUAUGCAGAAACAUCAUUAUGAAUCAUUCGAGCUCAUUCCCAAGUAUCACGAUACUUCUAAAUAUGAAGAACCUGACACAUAAAAGGCGAUGAGGUUGUACGAGUAUUGCACAUUUCUCUCGUCACCACGCUCACAUCGCAUCAUCAAAUAGUCCAGCAUCAUGAACUCCCAGACAGUCGCACUCAUCACAGGAGCCAACGGCGGCAUCGGCCGCGCCGCUGCCGAAAUCCUAGCUUCCGCUCACCACUACCACGUCAUCAUCGGGUCUCGUAGUCUCAAAGCAGGCCAAGAGGUAGCCGAUGCCCUCACGUCUCGCGGCCUCUCCGCGUCCGCCAUCCAACUCGAUCUCACAUCCGACAACGACAUCCUCGCAGCGGCCGCCUCCAUCUCCGAAACGUUCGGAAAGCUCGACGUCCUCGUCAACAACGCCGGCGCGCACUUUGACAUGAACGACAACCUCUCACUGCGGGAGCAGUGGACGUCCACCUUUGCUAUCAAUGUCGUCGGCACCGCCGUCCUGAUCGACGCGCUCCUCCCGCUGCUCCGCAAGGCCCGGUUCCCGCGCAUCGUCUUCGUCAGCUCUACCAAGGGGUCCAUGGCCGCCGCCCUGGACGGGAGCGCGGGGUUCUACGACGUCGCGGCCAAGGCGUACGACGCCAGCAAGGCUGCGGUCAAUAUGUUGGUCGUCAGCUAUGCCAGGGUGCUGAAGGGCGACGGGGGCGUUGCGAAUGCCGUGUGCCCGGGGCUGAUUGAGACGAAGCUGACGGCGUUUAUGGGGAAGGAUCUGUUGGCUAGCCAUGGCGCUGCUUCGACUGAGUUGGGGGCGAAGAGGAUUGUGGAGAUGGCUACGUUGGAGGAGGGGAGUGCUGUUUCGGGAACGUUUUCUGACAGAGAUGGGGCUGUUCCCUGGUGA